UUUUUCUUCAGGAUUUGUUUGAUUUUUUCAUUUUCUUAUCUUGAAUUUAUUUCAAAUCGCAUUUUCGAUAAAUUUAAUAACGGCCAAGCAGCAUCUGAGCAAGGUUUAAUACAAGACUUAAGUUUCAUCAUCGCCACGGGACGGAGUUUGAUGGUGGAAAAUUAGUAAGAAGGAAAAGGGAGAUAUCUGUAAAAAGGUCGGGAGAAGGGAGAAGGGAGAAAAUUGGAGGUAUCAGAAAUGGAUGGAGUUGCUUUGGAGAUGGAUUUGGGGAUGGAAUUUUAUGAACAGUGGGAUUGGCAGAGGUUUAGGGAGGCGGAGACUAUGGAGUUGGAGGAAGAAGAGGGUAGUGUGGUGCAGGAAGAAGUGGUCUUAAAGAGUGAAGAGGAGAUUGUUGAGAGCGAGGAGAAUAUUGGUGGAAUUGGAAGGGUGGAUGAGGAAGACGCGUCACGGAGAAUUGUUUUACCUCAGUAUGAUGGCUCGGCUGAUGACGUGCGUGAGAAUCAGGAGGCUGGAUCAAUAUCAAAAAAUUGGAUUGAUGAUGUUUAUACGAGGUCGCAGCAAAUAGAUUUGCCACGAUAUGAUGGCCCGGCUGAAAUGGCCCAGGACGCCGUGUCCAUAUCGAGAACGGGAGCAGAAGAUAUCGAUGUAGGUUCUCCAAAAGACCACGCAAAUAUUUCCACUCAAGUAGUGGAUGUGGCUUUGAAAGAAGAAAGUUCCGAGGCUCCAGAGCAAGGAGUGGUGGUGGAAGAUGUCGAGUUGGAUAAAGGAGACAGCGGCAUUACUCCGGAGAAAGAUGAUGAUAGAGAAGGCGAUGGAGAUGGAGAUCAAGGGAUGACUCUAGCUUGUAAUGGAAGCAUGUACGAUUUUCUUGGGACCGAGAAUAGUGAUGAAGAAGUGGUCAACCCUGGGAAGACUGUUACACCGCAGGAAACUCAUAGGAAUAUUCCAGAGUCAAGUACAACUGCGAUUGAGAUGACAGUCAAAUCUGGUGUCACCUUAGAAGCAGAUACUUUCGAAGAGAGUAAUAAUCCCGAAGAACAGAUGAAUGAUAGGAUGGAGGGUCAAGUUUUAGCUGGCGAGACACAUGUGCCAGAGGAAAGCCACAACGACAUAUCAAGUCCGGCAAAGGCCGCCAGCAAGAUGGGAUUCGAGCCACUGAUCGAUAAGCCUGCAGGUGGGGAAAUUAAUGGAUCCGGAAAAGCUCUCAACAAUACCUCAACUUUAAAAACAACUUGUCCAGGAAUGACCUUUGAAGCUGGAACGGACGGCAACACAAAUGCACAUUUCGAAAUGGCAGACCAUGACGCUGAAAGUACGACUAGUGGUUUUCUCAGGUAUGAAGAUCUUAGAGAUCUUGAAGGAAAGCCCAGCUCAAUGUCUAUUCUGGACCAGCCAUCUAUGAAAUUUACCACCCAGGAUGAGUUUCCCGGAAAUUUUUUCCCUGCCACAGAAGAAACCACUGAUGCAAACAUCAUGAAUGCUGCGUAUAGUGACAACAUGCCAGCUCUUUCGCAGGGGCAUGAUUUCAGUAUCGCUAAUCAAACGUCUGUGGAUGAUGAAAGCGUGCAAGAAGAUGUUGAAUUGCCUCCGUUACCCAGAAUGGAAGCUCCAGUACAAACAAGUCAGAUAGAAAUUCCCGACAGCGAUGCGAUCACAGAAUCAAGUCAGCGAUCUCCGCAGAAACUUGGUCAUGUUGACAGAACACUCGAUAGUCCAAUAAGUAAUUUGAAGGAUGGGGAGAGACGUAUUUCAAAUUAUGGAAGCAGGGAAGAAGCCAGCGAUGGAGAGGCCGAGAAAAUCGUAAGUUCAUUUGCAAGGGAAUGUGCCACAAGCUCCGUUGACUCAAAGAAAUAUCUCAACGAGCCUGAAUCAAUGGGAGCUAGGAGUCUUCAGAAUGGAAUAGAUACAACUGUAGGACAUGGACAGUCGAUCGAGAUUGCAAUAGUUGAUUCUGGAAAGAAGCCGAAAGAAGAUUCGAAAUCUGAGAACGAAGAUAAAAUAGAAAUGGGGACAUGCUUUUCUCAACCUAUACCACAGAAGAAGACGGACAAAAGAGGUCGGCCACCAGGGAGAAAGAAAUCUGGGAUAGUUAAUGGUGAAAGUGACAUCAAGGAACCUAUCGAGAGGAAAGCAAAGCUUGUCGAGGUUAAUUCAGAUAAGCCGCUGAGUAUGGAGGCUGAGGACGACUUAACCGAAAGUACACCUGUGCAAGAGAAGAAAAAAAGAGGCAGGCCAUCUGGUAGGAAGGUUUCGUCACUGUCUGUUGGUGACUCCGUCGAGGUAAUUAGGCACUCAUCUUCUGCGGAAAGUCGGCCAAGUGAACCAUCUUUAAGUAGCCCUGCUUCCGACAAGAGAAAAAGAGGCAGACCAUCUAGUAGGAAAGCUUCUUCAUUAUCUGUUGAUGAGCUUGGUGCAGAACAGGAAAAAGCAAUUGUGGAUGCGCCAGGGAGCUCGGAAGCCGCUUUUAUCGAUAAAGCCGAUGAGGUAACAAAGCAUUCAUCUCCGGAAGGAACACCGACCAAUGAUUUGUCUCCAAGCAGCCCUGCACCGGAGAUGAGGAAGCGAGGUAGAGCAGCUGUAAGAAAGGUUUCUACACUAUCUAAUGUUACGAACGACAGUGAUGAUGUUGAAAAUUCCGAGAAAGAGAUGGCUUCGAUGAAUGAAGAUAGUACGCAUUCGCACCUUGGUUCCAGAUCGGCAGGCGAAACGAUCCCAAGCUUUCCUAUCUCCUCCAUGGAAGAACAUAAGAAGAUUGAAAGGCCGUCUUGCCGAAGGUCUUCAGGUUUGGGUCCCCGGAAGGAAGAUGCGGAGGAAUCAGGCGGACACGUGGGCAAAUUUAAUGAUGUCAUGGCGCCAAACCCCUGUGAUAAUUCUGAUGAUGUUGAAGAGCUCGCAAUCAACGGAACGAUGGAUGAACUGGCCAUGAACUCACCUUCGCCUGUUAAACGGAGGAGUGGAAAACCAGUCAAUAAAAAAUUGUCCGACUUAAGUCCCGAAAAAGGGGACACCGAGGAAUCUGCAAAAGAGGACUUACCUACAGCUCCAGUAGUGAUUCUCCAAGAUGUAAAGAUGAACGAUUUAACACCCAAUCACAAAUCCACUGACGAAUUCGUUACCAUCUCAUCUUCAUCAGUCAAGAGGAAAAGGGGAAGACCUGCAGGACGUAAGUCUUCUGGAAUUGAGACUGAAAACGCGGAGGCUGAGGAAUUAUCAUACAAGGUUUCAUCGUUACCACAUGAUGACGUUGCGAUUCAAGAAACUACGUUGAAUGAAAACCUAAAUGAUGAUUUGGAUAAUGGUUCGCCUGUACGACCGAAAAAGAAAGGUAGACCUGGUCGAAAGUUGUCUCAAUUGAAUCCCGAGAAGUCAUCAGCCAAUGAGACUUCGGAAAAAAGCUCUGAAGACACCGAUGCGAAAGAUCCCUUAAACAACAUUAUGCAUGGCUCUGGGGAUGAUAUUAGAUCCGCGAGAUUGGCUGAUAUCGGUUCUUCGCCGGUGAAAAGAAAAGAGGGUGGAACUGCUAGCCAAAGGCCAUCCGAACAGAAUCUCAAAAAGACGUCUGUCAAGGAAAAAUUAGAAGGAGCUCCGGAUAUUGAAGCGGCAAAAGCUGCAGAUAUUGGUAUCAUUGCGCCUCCUGAUGUUAAGCAGUUGAUCGAUGAACCACCUCCUUCUGCCAACCCGUCAUCUGAGAAGAGAAAGAGAGGUAGACCUGGUAGUCGCAAAGCCUCUGAACUGGAUCCUGAAAAGCUGGCCGCUAAUGGAGCUGCAAGGGGAAGUCCUAAUGGUGUCGUGACGGAAGAGGCUGAAAAGACAGAUUACAAUGGGCCACCAAGUGUCGAUUCUUCGCCGGAGAAGCGAAGAAGAGGUAGGCCAUCUAAUCGCAAAUCUUCUAGUCUAAAUAUCGGAAACAAGAAUUCUACUGAGACUGUUGAAGCAACUUAUAACAGUGACUUUAUAACUGUUGCCGAAAAAGUUUUGAAUGCGGAUAUCAAUGAACCCGCGACCGAGGCUAGCUUAUCCGCCACUUCUUCACCAGAGAAGAGAAAGAGAGGCCGUCCGGCGCGCAGCGCUUCUGGCUUUGGUGCUGGAAGUGCCCAAAAGGAUAGCAUGUCAGGUGUUGAUACUGCUGGCAAGAAUAUCCCGCCAGAGAUUGUUAACUCUGGUGAGGAGGAGGACGAGCCACAAGAUGAGUCGCCGCCUGCCAAGAAACUCAAGCCAGAGCCAAGAAAACGAGUUCGACUGUCUGGAACCAAGAUUUUGGGUGUCAGCACUGAAGAAGAAAAGACUGCCGAAGAAGAUGUGAUUAAGGCAGUAAGUACUGGAAUCGAGGGUAAUGAGAAUAUUGAGGUGGAUAAAAAGACUCAUGAUGAACCACCUGCACUUGAGAGAAAAAGACGAGGUCGACCUGCUGCAACCAAAGCUAGGGAUAGUAGUGACAGCGAUUCAGAAAUUUUAGAGAAAGAACGGCAAAAAUCAGCAAAAUCUGAGCUUCCUUGUGCUAAAUCCGAGGAACCUGUCGAUGAUGGAGCCGACGAACAAGAAGAACCCAUAGUUCAGAAGAAGAAGAGAGGAAGACCAACGUUGCUCAAGAACAAAGGAAAACAGGGUGCAAACGCUUCGGAGUCUUUAGAUGAAGAUCUUAUCAUCACAUCUAAUAUCGGCAGUUCUAAAGGCAAAGUCUCCGGAAACCAACUAUCUACAUCAUCAAACAACUCAUCCUCUUCGCAGCGACAAGAUGCCUUCUUAGUCGAGAUGAAAGCUAUGAAGCUCGUAAGUCUCAUCCCCCCGCUUCCUUUUCCCUCCUAGGAAAUCAAUAAAUUAACCUCCAUUCCAUAGUCAUCAAUCCAAGCACGCAAUGCCAAUCUCAGAAUCGAAAUCGCUCAAAAACGAGAGAAAACUCAAGAAAUCACGCAAGGAUUAGAGCAACCUGCUAAGGAAACGGUCAAGAGACACAUCAACUUGUUGCACGAUUAUAAUGAUAUUAAGGAUGUGGGACAGGGAUUGCUGGGCAUGAUUGCGGAUAAUAGGGGUGUGAGAGUUGGGGAGUUGUAUGAGGAGUUUGGCGUGGGUAUUGCUGAUUAGUUUUUUUGAUGAAAAGUUGGGAGAAGUUGACGGGAGUAGGGAAAGGGUCAUUUUCGUACUUGGAUGGUAGAUAAUUAACCUCAAAUGUGGAGUACGGGACAGUUGGCAGAGGAUAAGAAGCAGGUUCUGAUGCAAUUGGCGCAUUUGAUUUAUGAUUUCUUCUUCAUGAUACCAAUUUGUCUACAAUUUGCUGGGAAUAUGGAGCUUCUUACCUCAAGGACGAGGCAUCACAAGGGAUCUGAGGAACAAAUUGUCAAAUUUUGCGAUAUGGAGAGGGAGAUAAAUGGAGGAUGUU